UUCUUUUCCUACAGAACUCCUAUCCCAACCCUCUCUCUCGGUCGUCUCUUCUCUCUCUCUCUCUCUCUCUCUCUCUCUCUCUCUCUCUCUCUCUCUCUCUCUCUCUUGGUUUUCAUAUUACUAAUCUUCUACUGGUUCGAUUAUGACUAAGCCAAAACCAUAUCUUUAUGUUCCCUCCAACUGACCAUACACAUUGCAUCUUCAAGACUUUCCCUUUUUUCUUUGUUCCACUUUCUUGUUUGGUAUCUGAGAAAAAGCAGAAAGUAGCAAACCAGAGAAUUCAAACUUGCAAGUUUCACAGUGAAAAUCAAUGGGGAAUUCAUCAUCUAUGCUAACUCAAUAUGACAUUGAAGAAGUUCAAGAACACUGCGAUUAUCUAUUUUCUCAGCCAGAAAUAGUACCCUUAUACCAAAGAUUUUAUCAACUCGAUCGAAAUUCUAAAGGUUUCAUUUCUGCUGAUGAGUUUUUAUCAGUUCCUGAGUUUGCAAUGAAUCCACUUUCUCAGGUAUGAAAACCAGAGAUUUG